AUAAUCUUACACCUAGGGCAUUGAGCGCCACCCUGGAGAUCGUUGGAUGAUCAGAGGCCCCAAGGAAUAUGUUCCUCCAGUUGAAGUAGAAGUUGUCUGCAAACGUCAAGCCAUCCCACUAGAUGAAAAUGAAGGAAUCUAUGUCAGAAAUGUCAAAACUGGCAAGGUAAGAGCCAUCACUGGGGAGACCUACAUGUUGAACCAAGAUGAGGAGUUGUGGUGUAAGGAGCUGCCCCCUGCUGUGGAGGCACUUCUGGCCCAAGGGAAAGAUCCACUGGCUGAUAGAGGAGAGCGCGGCAGAGGGGCAAGCACCCAAACACGCGACAAAACCAGGGUAGUCACCUUCAGAGUGCCACACAAUGCAGCAGUGCAGAUAUAUGAUUACAAGGAGAAAAAAGCAAGAGUUGUGUUUGGUCCAGAUCUGGUGAUGCUGGGUCCAGAUGAACAGUUUACUCAGCUCAGUUUGUCUGGUGGUAAACCCAAAAAACCCAAUCUUAUCAAAUCACUGUGCCUUCUCAUGGGUCCUGACUUCUGCACAGAUAUUAUAGUGGUGGAGACGGCAGAUCACGCAAGGCUCUCUCUGCAGCUGUCAUACAAUUGGCACUUUGAAAUUUCAACCAAGGCUGGAGACAAAGACUUUGAAACUGAGGCAGCUAAGUUGUUCAGUGUUCCCGACUUUGUUGGCGAUGCUUGUAAAGCAAUUGCGUCUAGAGUCAGAGGAGCUGUGGCACAAGUUCAGUUUGAUGACUUUCAUAAGAACUCCGCCAAAAUUAUCCGUGCGUCUGUGUUUGGAAUUGAUGACAGCAAGAAAGUGCGAGAUCGCUUUGUGUUCAAACAGAACAACUUGAUCAUCACUAGCAUAGAUAUUCAGUCUGUGGAACCAGUGGACCAGAGAACUAGAGAUGCCUUGCAGAAGUCUGUCCAACUGGCCAUUGAAAUUACCACCAACUCACAGGAGGCAGCAGCCAGACAUGAAGCAGAGCGUCUAGAGCAGGAGGCAAAAGGUCGCCUGGAGCGUCAAAAGAUCAGUGAUGAAGCUGAGGCUGAGAAAUCUCGCCGUGCUCUUCUAGAACUCCAGGCUCAGAGUGCUGCCGUAGAGAGCACAGGGCAAGCCAAGGCAGAGGCACAGUCCAGGGCAGAGUCUGCCAGAAUAGAGGGAGAGGCUAAUGUGGAGCAAGCCAAACUGAAGGCGCAGGCUAUGAAAAUUGAAGCAGAAGGAGAACUUGAACGCCUUACCAGUGCCCGUGAAGCAGAGAUCAGGUUCCUUCGUGAACAGAAUGAGCUUGAGCUGUCCAAGUCCAAGGAGAUGACUGCCAUUGAGACUGGCAAGUUUAAAGACAUGGUGAAUUCCAUAGGUGCAGACACCAUCAGAGCCAUUGCAACUUCUGGACCCGAGAUGCAGGUGAAACUCCUGAAGGCACUGGGCUUGAAGUCCACUCUGAUCACAGAUGGCAGUUCCCCUAUCAAUCUGUUCAAUACAGCCAAUGGCCUGGUUGGGGGAAGCAUGGUCCCCAUGAAGCGGGGACCACAAGUUGCCUCAGAUGAUGAAGAUGAAGAUUGAAUCACAUACUAGCUGCUGGACAGGCUGAUAUUAGAAUGACAGCCUUAAAGAUUUAAAGAGAUUUUAAGAACUGAUUAAUUUUACUCAAUCCUUUUAUGAAGGAAUUUAUAAAAAAGGGUGAAUUUCUGGCUACAAACAUUACCCUAUAUAUAACUACAGCAUUAUUGAAGAAGAAAUGCUGUUACAGUAAUGUAAAAAAAGCAUUAUGUAUGUAGAGAGUAACAAAAACAUUAUAUUAUGUAGAGAGUGAUAUCUUCUCCUGAAAUUGCCCUGAAGGUUUUGCACACAACAGAUAUCUAACUUGUUUUAUUAGAAAUGUGCAAUCUUUGAUUAUGAAAUAUUUUGAUAUAACAAACCCUGUUGUUUAUACAUUCCACUUAUGCAUGAGAAAUUUUGUUUCUAUAUGUUUAGUGCAUACUGUACAGUUUUUUCUUUUUGAUAUUAUAAAUCCUAUAUAUUGACCUGUGAUACUGUUUGAUAAAAGAACAUUUAUCUGUAGUAAGUUUUUUUGUUGUCAAAAGUCCCUACAUUAGGGAAGUUGAUCAAAUAUCAUUCUUUACCAUUGAUCUGUGCAUAAAAACUUAUGAAAUUAUGAAAUAUGUUGCCUUUCUUGUUUUAAAUAAUACUGUAAUACUAUUGAGUGUGCCUAAAUAUGUUAUCAUGUUGCAUUGUUAAAAUCUAAAAGAUGUUAUUGGUUGCUGUGGUGCUGUACACUUUCAUGAAGCAGAGUGAUUGCCACGUUGAUGAUUAUUUUCAAAAUUAAGGCUUAGAUUAUUAAAAGACAGACUUUCCUAUAAUCAUUUGAUCUGAUGUUCAUUAGAUUAACUACUACCAAAGUUGAGAUGUGAUGCACUUUGUGGUUGUAAUUAAAUACAUUGAUUAAUUAAAAUAAAUAAAACAAUGUACAUGUACCUUUUCUGUAAAA